AUGGAACCGGCCAUGUCGCUGCGAUUGGCGCCUCCUCGUGGCGAACUUCCUGUGGCAAGAGCACACCAUGCUGCAUCUGUUCUGCGACCGCUUCUGGAAGACAUUGCACAUGUCCGGCAUGAUGCUGCGAUCCGUCCCAGCCAUGCAGCCCUGACAGUGGCUGCGAGUGCAGGGGCACGUUUUCGGAGCAAGGUUCGCCGGUGCGCAGCACCAGCGCUCAAACGAGUUGUGAAGGAGAACACGAAGACGAAGAUGGCAACUACAAACCUUUGGGGUGUUGUCAUAUGUGCGCCCAUCUCGAAAGGGAGGUGGUGGCAAUUUUGGAAGCCAGUCCUUAUACGGAUGGGUCUUCGCACCUUCUCGGUCCAGAAGUUCGCCGAAAUGCUGAAAGAGGCACUACCAGACAUCCUGUCGCCGGAGAAGGCACAACGAGCUGCAGGGGAGCUGGUUGAGACCGCCUUGGUUGGCGAAAUCGGCCGGGCUGUGGUUUUCGGGGAUUCACGAGACAAAGCGUAUCGAUGCCGCGAUCGUUUGCAAGCCAUGCUUCCGGACCUUGAGGUCCUCGUGGAACCAUUGCCUUGA